AUGGUCUGGAUAAGUUUUGGGUGCAUAAUGGUUUCAACCCUUGGCUCAAACCCGUUUUUGGCUAAUGGGCUGAAGCCCACUCACGUAGCCAUCGAGGGCGUCGACACCGCCUCCAUCCUCGACCUCCAGCUCUACCGCACCCAGGAGGAGGCCCGAAACCCUACCGCCCCCUGCGCCGUCGCGGCUGCUGCUUCCGGUGGGGUGUUCCGCCGCCCAAGGGGUGAUUACUUGAUAGUUGCUAAUUUGGACGAUUCACAUGCUGUCCUUUGCCCUCGGGACAGCAAGGACCGUCUGAUCCCCGUCCAGCUCACCACUGACUUGAAGCCAGAUCUUUCAAGUGAAAUGUCGACCAAUACAUCAGAGGGUUCAGGAACUCAUGAUAGUGAAGAGGGUCAAACAUCUUUGACACCACGUCGUAAACGGUCCAAUGUCUGGGAACAUUUUGAGAAAGCCUUGGUUGAUGUGGAUGGUGAGCUAAAAGCUGUUUGCAAGUACUGUCAACUGAAAUUGAGUACCAAGUUUGGUACUAGUAGUCUUAGAGGCCAUGUUGCCAAUUCUUGCCCAUCAAUUGAGAGUGAUACCAGAAAGAGAUUUCAAGCAAGCAUGAGCAAACAACCAUUAGAUGCAAAUUUUGUCUUUGAUCCCCACCUCUGUCGUCUGUUGGAGCCAUGGAUUAACACAAUGCAACCAACUUUCAUAGUCAAGGGUCAACCACAACAAACAAUCCACAAUGAUUCCUUCCAGAAAUUUGAGGAGCUAAAGAAAGAGCUUUAUACUGAACUUCAGAAUUUGGAUUCUCGUGUUUGCUUGACAUCAGAUAUAUGGACAUCAUCGCAGAACGUAGAAUACAUGGCUGUAACAGCUCACUACAUUGAUGCAGAAUUUAAGAUCAAGAAAAAGAUCAUUUGGUUUAAAAAACUAGAGUAUCCUCACUCCGGCAUUGCAAUUGAAGAAGUAGUGAGGUGCCUGACAGAAUGGGAUAUAAUGGAUAAAUUGUUUACUUUGACAUUAGAUAAUGCAAGCAAUAACACUUCGGCAUGUGAGAAGUUGAUAACAAAUCAUAAACAUGAGUUAUUGUUUGAUGGUGAACAUCUACAUGUUAGAUGUUCUGCUCAUAUUCUCAACAUCUUGGUUCAGGAUGGGAUGACAGUGAUCCAUACAACAAUACAAAAGAUCCGUGAGCUGCUGAAGCAUAUUGAUUCUUCUGUCUCAAGACUUCAAGCGUUCAAUUCGCUUGCAAAUGGGAUGGGUUUAGCCUCAAAGUCCGCUAUCUACCUUGACAUCCCAAACCGAUGGAACUCAACCUUCAAAAUGCUUAGGGAAUCAUUAAAAUACAAAGCUGUCCUUAUUUCCUAUGCUCCUAGAUAUCUUGAAGUUUUACCUACUGAGGAAGAGUGGGCAAAGGCAGCAGCAAUUUGUGAAUUUCUCAAGGUAUUUGAAGAACUUACACUCGCUGUGUCAGCUCAUAGGAAGCCUACAUCACAUAAGAUUUUGCCCUUAGUGCUUUCCAUCCUCUAUGCCUUGAAGGACCCAGCUUGGCAAAGUACCGAUCUGCUCAAGGAGUUGGCUGCUUCCAUGCAUUCCAAGUUUGAGAAAUAUUGGAAUCCUGAUGAAGAUAACCUGCACAAUGUAGUUAAAAAAAAGAGAAAGAAGAAAGAGAUUGCAUUUAACCUUGUCUUAGUCAUUGCCACUAUAUUAGAUCCAAGAAGGAAGGCUGACUACUUAGAUUUCUUCUUUCAGAAGGUGUGCAAUAAUACAAAUCAGAUUGAUAUGCAUGUGAAGCAUGCCUUAGAGUGGAUGAGAAAGUACUUCACAUUGUAUGAGCAACGAUGUGCAAGGAAAAGUAGUGUGGAUAUGAUGGCGCCUGCUAAUGAAGCCUUUGUUAAUGAGGGGUCACUGAUUCUUGGAAAAAGAAAUCUUGAAGAAGAAUUUGCUCAAUACAAAUCACGACGAAGAGUUGCACGGGCACCGAAAUUUGAAAUUGAUGCAUAUUUAGAAGAAGAGAUCGAGGAGGAUAAUGAGGAUUUUGAUAUCCUAGCUUGGUGGAAGGGAAAAUCAGACAAAUUUCCUGUACUGUCAACUAUGGUUCGAGACUUUCUUUCUAUUCCCCUUAGCACUGUUUCGUCCGAAUCUGCUUUUAGUCUUGGAGGAAGAAUUCUUGGAGACCAUAGAAGCUCACUAACGCCGGAAAUGCUCGAGGCACUUGUUUGUGGGAAAGAUUGGCUAUUCAAGACCAAAGAUCGCACUAGUGAAGCAAAGAGAGGACAGACCUACUCACUAACAACUAGCGAGGAACAGGGGCAUAGAAACCAAGGAGAAUGUCGUCGAAUCCAGACGAAACCUAAGAGUCGUGCUUGGACAGACUGUUUACUGAACAAUGAAUUUGAGGUUCAGAAGUCCUGGGAUGAAAACAAUGUUUUUGAGGCUGAUGCUGGAAGUGAGCCUCCAGGUCCCGGAGAAAAUUUCUUCUGGAACUUUCCAUACCCUUACAUGAAUGGCUUGCUGCAUCUCGGCCAUGCCUUCUUGUUGUCCAAGCUUGAGUUCGGUGCUGCAUACCACAGGCUCCGUGGCUCCAAUGCCAUUUUGCCCUUUGCUUUCCACUGCACUGGAAUGCCCAUCAAGGCCUCAGCUGCUAAGCUUGCCAGGGAGAUCCAACAAUUUGGAAAUCUCCUGGUAGUGGCGCAGAACGGCAGGAGGGUUCUGGUGCCGCAGUGGCAGAUGCUGUCCAGGCUGAUGCUGUUGUGCCAGAUAAAUUUAAGAGCACAACUGCUGCAAAGGCUGGCGCACAUAAGUACUUGCAUUGUGACUAGUGUUCCAAGUGAUUCACCUAAUGAUUUCAUGGCACUUCAAGAUUUAGUCACAAAGCCAGCACCAAAAAGUGACAUCCCUCCAGCUCUGUUGAGCAAAAUGAAGCAAGAAUUUCAGUAUUGGUAUCCAUUUGAUAUUCAGGUGUCUGGGAAGGACCUUAUUCAAAACCAUCUGACAUUCUGCAUAUACAAUCACACAACAGUUCAAGAUUUGCCUCGCCGUGAUGGUAUGGAUGAUGCAAACUUUGUCACUGAAACUGCAAAUUCUGCUGUUAUGAGGCUGACAAAAGAAAUUUCAUGGAUUGAAGAGGUUACAGCUGCUGAAUCUGAAUUGAGAACUGGACCGCCCACUACAUAUGCUGACCAUGUGUUUGCAAAUGAGAUGGGCAUUGCAAUCAAAGAAACUGAGAAGAGCUACAAUGCUUUCAUGUUCAGGGACGCCCUGAAAUCUGGGUUUUAUGACCUCCAAUUGGCUAGAGAUUACAGGCUCUCGUGUGGCGUAGCAGGCAUGAACCAUGAUCUGUUGUGGCGGUUUAUGGAUGUCCAGACCAGGCUCAUCACCCCCAUUUGCCCACACUAUGCUGCUGAGUACAUGUGGAGAAAGAUUAUGAAGAAAGAAGGCUUUGUAAUAAAAGCUGGCUGGCCAGUCGCAGACACCCCGGAUCCUACUCUGCGAAUUCCAAACAAAUGCUUGCAGGAUACCAUAGUUUUGAUGAGGAAGCUGCUUCAGAAUCAAGAGUCUGGUUCCAAGAAGCCUAAGAAGGAGCUGUGCCUGCACCUCCAUCAGGGGAAAAAAAAGAAGCAUUGGCCUUAUAUAUAUGUCAACGAGUAUUACUGUGGCUGGAAAGAUCAGUGCUUGAGGGUGCUGCAGUCUAAAUUGACAGCCAAACGCGCUCUCUGA